UCUAUCGCUCUUUAACCGCACCGUCGUCGUCCGUUUCUUGCAAAGUCGCUCAGUCUCUCGACGUACGCUCAAGGGUGAACACCUGUUGCUGCUUGUAGGCCGGGUCUUGAUCUGUUUCGGCUUAACUCGGCUUGUUUGUGCAGGACCUGAUCGCGACCUUCCUUUUUUUUCGGGACCUUUUUUUGUUUUGCUUCAGAUGUUCGGCGCUUUAAUCGUUCAAUUACGGUUGCUAAUUUGCUUUCGCGUUUAAGCUUGCCGCAGUGUUGUUGCUCUGAAGUUGCGAGGUGUUGCUGCGGAGAAGUGCGGCGAAGAGAAAGAAGACGGCAGCAAAACAAAAACAGUAAUCAACUCUAGCCGCAUCGGUACGCUGAUUCGGCUUGGAGCAGCUUUCGGAGAAGAAGUUGUGCGGCGAAGAGUGUACGAGAGGUGUUCAGGGAAGCCCUGAAGUUGAUUGGCUCGAGGAGGAAGAAGCAGCUGUGAAGAAGUGUGCGCUGAACGAUUUAAUGUGGAUUAUCAGUCAAUCGAGUGCUAAGCGAGUCGAGCCUUCUCUUCCGUUUGAUUGGUGUGAGUGUUGAACACAGUUGUUCAAGCAUUCAGGAAGUCACGUUCAGCUUCUUCAGCUGAUUGACUAAUAGGAUGAGCCGUAAUCAGCUAACUUAGCUGCGGAAAGUGACCGCGUAUCAACGAGAGUUAACGAUCAACUCCCUGUUGUUGUCAUUCUGUCAGAAGUGGAUUAUCCGCGAAGCCCGUGACGCGUUCUGCGGACUUCAGCACGUUCUCUGACUCUCUGGGAUGUCGUCGUCGUAGGUCGCCGGUCAACGACGCGCGAGUCACGUUUCGACGAAGGAAUUUUUGUGCAGCUUGUUUCUUCUUGCUGCUGUUCAAAGCUGAAGGUCUUCGGCGCUGAGCUAGGCAAGAAUCGACGGUGAAGUGUGUGAACUCACGUUGACAACAAGUUCUGCUGCAGGUAUUGCCUUGACGCGGCGAUUUGUGAUAAGAAUGUGUUACAGUUUGCACUUUGGCUGCAGGCUAUAAUUUUGCUGAAGAAGGUGACGAAAGUGUAGAACCCAGUCGAUGGUCUGACCGUGUGAAGAAAGCUCAAAAAGGUUGAAAACUUGGCGAGGAAAAGACGGUGUGUGUUGUGAUAUCGAGUGAGCUGUCUCGUACUAGUUUUCAAGCAAGGAAACUUCUUCCAGUCAUGUGUGAACAUCAAUGAUCAUAAAGCUUAGAAACCCAUUUUGAGUGCUUCCAUCCCAAUGGGCCCCCACCACCGAAGACAAGGAAGAACAAAACGACCAUAAUUAAAACGGCUUGGUCCAUAAAAUCCGCCACAGAAAAAAAAAACUGUGAUUUUUGAUGGCCUUCGAUGCCUGCAGAUUGGGUGCGUUGGGUGGAGGGAUGUGCCUUAUGAAGUUGUGCAACCAUUAGGAAGAGAGAGGGGUGGGGGAAAAAGAUGAGUAAUGAAAAUUUAAUUAGUGAUUUCAAGAAUUGAUCCCCCGACGGAGGGUCGUAAAAAUUACUGCAGAACAAACACAACCAUCGGUGGCUAGGUUUUUUACGCGGAGUUUUAUCUCCAACUUGGGUGGAUCAUCUGCUUCGUUAAACUGAUUUUUGUGUGUGUGUGUGUGUGUGUGUGUGUGUGUGUGGUGUAAACGGUGAAAAAGGAAGCGAAAAAAAGGAGGAAAAAUCUUGGAUUUAUUAACAACCUCACUCAGUGCAAAUUUGUUCGCCAAACGGGAAUUCCUUGGAAAACGGUACGACCCAACCUCGGCGAGACCUCGAGAGACCCCGGAAUCAGUUAAUUGGAUUAAAUCUUGUUAAUGAUGACGUGAACCACGGCGCAACCCAACUCAACGCAAGGAUGCGUUUGUUCAAAGCCAAAAAGCUCCCAGAUAUCGCCAGCGCAACUUCGGAACCUGCCAGCACUUCAGAACCCACAGCAGCAGCUUCCAGUGGCAACCUCCUGACCCGUAAUGACAUUAUCAUUGCGAGCAGCGCCCAAUCAGCCACGGCUGGACCACCCUCGCCGGCAGUGACAGUGCCAACCGACAACUCAUCAACGUCAACGCCACCGCCACCGCCACGGGUGACAAUCUCAUCGACAACUGGCAACACUGCCGGUGGUGACAGCGGGAUGGCCAGCGCCACAACGCCACAUGCGAAUGAUAAAAUUUGCACAAUUAAUAACAAAACCGAGAAUAUUAGAUUAUCGUCGGAGAUGGCACGCAAUCAGGGGCUGGUGGGGCCGAGCUUCAACGGGCUGUCGGGCCAGCCGCAUCCGAUGCAUCAUCAUCAACCGAAGCAGCAGCCCGGGAACAUCAACGGCACGGCAGCACUGGGACCGCUAAUUGGCAGGAACGGCAUCGGUCCCAUGCCCGUCUACAAAGUUGUCACCGCCGUUCCAGUCAUGGUGCUGGACGAAGACCAGCAGCAUAGCUCAACGCCAACACCAGCACUAGUUCCACCUCCACCGUCUUCAAUCGUGGCUGUUGCAUCCUCCAAAGAGAGCAAAAAUGUGUUUACAUGGGGUCGUAAGAUGGGCAAAAAAUUCGACCUGCUACGCCGCGGUAGUGACGCCCAGAAACUUCCUUCGCCAACAUCAACAACCCCCACGACUCCGUCGUCCCCGAACGGUGGCACCACCGGCUGCGUACCAAUCUUCAACUCGGACACCAUCAAGAAGAGCAAAACCAUCCCGCUGAAGGCUUAUCAAAGUUCGGAUCCACUGGUCAAGCUUAACAGUGAGCGGAGUUCGGGGACGUUCAAGAACUUCUUCUAUCGCAUGGGCUCGACUGGGAUGCUGAACCACAAGUCGAACCAGCUCCAGAAGAAUCCUACCCAGAGUCAGCAAAGUCAACCGGCCAAGCAGGAACAGUCCGUGCCAUCGCAGCUUGGGUUCAUGAACAAGAGCAAGAUGGACUCGAAUCACCAGACGUUGUACAGGAGCAGCUCGACGAGCCAGUUGAACUCGUGUUCUUACAUCAAGUGUGACGAUCCGACGGAGGGAAUCAAUCUUGCGAAUGGAAUCCACAAGAAUGCGGCUAGUAGUACAAAUUUGAACAUGGAGCAGUCUUCCCAAAAGCAAUCGCAAGCUACGAAAUCGUCCAGUUGUGACGACAUUGCUCGAGUAGCAACUCAAGAACAAUUAUCAAAAAAGAACCACUUUCCGUACGCUUUUCUACGGUCCAAGCUGUCCGUCCUUCCGGAAGAAAACGGCGGAUCCGUCAUCAACUACAACAGAAUCAAGGAGAAUCUCUUGCGCUCCGGCAACCGAGGAUCGGUGAUCAGUUUGCGAUCCGACCUGGAUAACAUCUCAAUCACCGACUCCCAGCUCAACAUCUCCGACAACGGGGACGUGUUCCUGUCCGCCACCGAGUCCAAAUCCUUCACGGUCAGUGACGUAGGCGGAAUGUCCCGCAACAACUCGAUCAAAACCCUCACCGACGAUUCGCACAGCUUCGUCAGCAACUACCAAAGACUGAGCAGCUGCCUCAGCAGCAACGAGUCCGGCUACGACAGCGAUGGCCGCCACGCCGAAGACAAACUCGACCCGGAAGGAACCUCCGCCAUCCCACCAAAUCCAGCCAACAACCUGUCCGUCCACCACGCCGCCGUAGAUUCGUACGCGGACGCCAUCCGGAGCAAGGACCAGUCGUACAUGUUCGGCAGUCGGCGCCGGAUGUCCUCGUCCAGCUCGGUCUGCUCGAUGCAGAACCUGGACUGUGGACCGGGCGGGGGAAGUGGAAAUGGCAGUGCGGGCAGCUCGAUACGGCGCCGCUUUCGGCAGAUCAAGCUGGAAAAGUGUCACCACGAUGAGGUGAUCGGUAUCGACCUGACGCCGCAGACGGUCACCAUGGACGAGGGUGACUGCUGCGAAACGCGCUUCCUGGUGACGGAGAUCGACCCGGAGGGGAUCGCGUACAGGGACGGCCGCCUGCGGAUCGGCGACGAGAUUGUCAACGUAAACGGGCACCAUUUACGUGGCCUGCAAUCUCCCAGCACGGUACAGCGCAUCCUGUCGACGUUUGUCAACAACAUUGUAGACCUUGUCAUUGCGCAUGACGAGCUAACUACGUUCAGCGCCGACCUGCACCGCAAAAUCAAGAUCGACGGCUCCAAGCUGGGCGGCGGUCAAGGCCUUGACGGUCUUGACGGUGCAGGUUCGGGGACGCCACAACACCCGAGACAUCAGCAGCAGCAGACGACCCUCGUCAACUGUUCCACGCCGUCGGCUCGGAAGGGACCGUUCUCCCCGAUGACCCCUAUGUACUCACCGGUGGACUACGUGCCGGUGUACGCCAAUCGGAUCUCGAUCUCGAACACGAUCUGCGACGACGAAAAGUGGCAAAUGCUGAGCAAGCAGCGAAGCGAAGCCCUCGGCAAGAGCCACGGCUACUCGCACAUUUUGGGCUCCAAGCGCGUCAUCAAGGACAGCGACGAAGACAUCGUGACCGUUCCGCACCAGCAGCAGCAGCAACCUCCGCCAUCCCCCUCUACGGUACAAGCCAUGCCGAACGGUGCCCACAUGCUGUACCGACCCGUGUCUCAAUCGAACCUUAGUCGUCACUCAUCGAUCGCACAUCUGGCCACCGGAACCGGUACCAACGGGGAUGACGAUGAGGAGACGGCCCUGUCCCGACCCAUCACCAUGGUUGAAGUAAUUUCGGACACCAUCCGGAGGAACGUCCCCUUCGGAAGCAUCAGCAGUAGCAACCGUGGUGCCAACCCGGACUACCGGUCGAUCAAGAUCAAGAACCCGGAGGACGUCCCAAAGACAGUACAAAGAAUUCGGCUCAAGUCUUUCACCGAUUCGAAUGGGGCAGCGUCGGACGGGGGGAGUUCCGGGAUUGGGGAGGACAUAGUGGAUGGAGGAGCUGGUGGUGGUGGGAAUCCGCUGCAGAGGUCAAAGACUGAGCAGAAUGUCUGCAGCAGUGGCGGCAGUCGGGAUGAGCUGCUGGACUGCUCGAUGGAUGGCACCAAGUACGAGUCCGGGGUGCGGAUUCUGAUCAACGAGGAAGGUUCGUCGUAUAUUGAAGGCAUCCACACCAAGAGCACCUUCCUGACGGUGACGUACUACAAGGGCGCCGGCAUGAAGUCGCUCGGCUUCAGUAUCGUCGGCGGCCGGGACUCGCCCAAGGGCAACAUGGGCAUCUACGUGAAGACGGUCUUCCCGAGCGGGCAGGCCGCGCUCGACGGCAACCUGAUGGCCGGUGACGAAAUCAUCUCGAUCAACGACGUCGCCGUGCACGGAAUGAGCCACGCCGAAACGAUUGGCCUGUUCAAGAACAUCAAGGAGGGUCCGGUGGUGCUUAAGCUAACAAGGCGAAAAUAUCAACGCGCCAAAUCCGUGGACAACUUGCCCAACUGAGAUUUCAAGUGUCUUUCAACCCUGACACCGUCCAGCACUUUCGGCUUAAUCUGUCUGCCGCCGCCGCCGUGCCAAAAAUGGAGAUUCUGCGCCGGGUGUCUGUUUUGAUUUGUUGACCCCCCUCCCACACGCCCAAGACACACCACAAAAAUGAUUAUAUUUAUUUUUUCUGUCUCGUUUAUCGUUUUCGGAUGUGCUAUUUCCAGGUGGUGGCGCAAGCCUCCCCCACACAGAUACACACACACACACACCCGUGGCACAUACACGCAUCCUAUUCUAGUCACUUUCUCGUACUGAACAAAAAAAAUGUAAAACGUUGAUUUUCUUAACAUGUUAGAUAAAUUGAUUUUGUGGAAGCUUGAUUAAGUGGUGUAGAUUAGCAGCUAAUUUCUUCUCGUUUACUUUAGGGAUUAGAGCAGAUUAGGUUAAGGCACAC